AUGCCGCCUUCUGGGCACCGCCUUCGUGGCCCUUUCGAUGCGAUCGAUGGAGGAGCAGCGAGUUCGCUGCGCGCCACAACAACUCGGCAGCUGCUGACCAGUUUUGGUAUGAUCUUCAACCAGGACCUUCAAACGCUUCUCUUGGCCGGCGGUCUCCGUGGUAUCCGAUUUCCGACGAGGGAGCAGAUGCAGGAAGCAGGAGAUACCCUGUUUAAUUCGUCCGUGGAGACAAGCAGCGUGGACCUCUUCGUCAGUCAUUCUUGGAGCGCAGGUCGGUGGGAGAAGCUUCUUGCGCUCUGUGUGUAUCUGAACCUACAGAUGGCCGUGGCGUGUUGCAUGAUCACCUGGAUCCUCGUGGUGCUGCUCAUGAUCUCGUUGCACGGUGUGUCUGGUCUUGGAGGAAGUCGCCUUCUCCUUCCCUGCUUUGUGUAUCUACCCAUGGCCAGCUUCUUCAUUGCUUUCUUCUUUGGACAGCAGCUAACUUUUGGACUGUGGUCUCCAUCGGUGUGGAUAGACAGGCUGUGUAUCCAUCAGACGGAUUUGGACCUGAAAGCCGAACAAAUCAAGUCCGUGCCCACCUUCGUUGUGCGCUCGUCGCGCCUGCUAAUUCUCUGUGACGGAUCCUACUUCGAAAGGCUGUGGUGCAAUCUAGAGCUGGCCACUUUUGCCCGGCAUGGAGGUGUGGAGAAGGUUGACGUGUUGCCACUUUGGCUUGCUCCCUGGCUGCUCUGCAGCAUUUUGCUGGAGCUUCUCUGUGCCACCAUGUGGGACGUUUUGCAGCUUGUGUUUCCCAAUUGGAGCACCGCGUGGUUAACAAACAUCAUGGGGUUCGCAGCGCCUCUUCUUGGAGACAACCCUAUCAUGCUGAAGUUUGUAGCUUUUCUCGUGAUCUGGAUGAUCUCAUCGCUGACCACGCUCCCGGCUUCUAUACCCAGCUUCUUCUCCUUCCGCAUGAAGAUUCGCCAUCACGAGCUUAUCCUGGAUCAAAUGGCAGACUUCGAUGUCCGGGAAGCAAAGUGUUCUGAGCCUUCUGACCGCGAUGCCAUCGAGAAGCAACUGCAGGACGUCUUUAGCAAUUAUGACUUGCCCACUCGCCGCGCUGAUGCCGUGGAUGAGGGGGAGGUGAAGGUUCAAAAGUUUGUGCACUACCCGGCCACCGAUGAUCCGUUGGACCGCUUCAAUGCCUACGUUCGAGGGGUCCUUCGUGACAUUGUCAUGAUGCAGAUUGGCGAUGAAAUCUACGUACCGUGGCCAUUGUGUCUGACGGCCUGCCUACCGAUGAUCUUGUAUUCCUCCGUGAAUGUGCUGGGCUGUGACAACGGCUCUUGCGAGGAAUCUGCGCGGCUGGCAGGUUGUUCCUCAACGCUGCAGUACAUUCUGGCCCAGACGUUGGGCUGGGUACUCAUCAUCUUGCUGACAUUCCCACUGACCUAUCCAGUGAUGCUCCGCAUGCUUAGAUGCAUUCUGUCGUUUGGCGACGGCCUGGUGCAGCGCUGCGCGGCUUUCUUGUGUUGCUUCCUGGCUUAUGAGUACACCUAUAUGUGUGGUGGCUUGAUCUGGGGCGCUUGGGUUCCUGUUGUGCAAGACUACUCCGCAACUCAGCUCAUGUUUUUCCUGCUGGUGGUGGUCUUGAUGGUCGUCCAGAGCCUCUGCUUGUUCUACAGGUGGGAAAGGCAAGACCGGGAAAACCUGACAUCGUGUCGCUGUGUCAAACGACAGGUCGCGACAUAUCAGGCAAUGGGCGCCGACAGUGGCUUGCCUUUGGCCUCUUUCGGCGACUCUCCCCACUGA